AUGAGUCAGUCUCCAUCCUACGAGAGAGAAUCUGCCUCUGCAUCUCCUGAGAGUCCUAAAGAAGGUGACUUCUCCCCUCGACAGCUUUACGACAACCUGAAGAGCCUGGAGGAGCAGGAGACAUGUGACGACCAGAAAGAUCCCCUUGUUAAAAUCAUAACCGACAACUACUCCAGCUCUGCUUUGAACAUUCAAAUCUGUGCUCCGCUAGCGGCAAAUGACCUUGGAAAACUUUGUGCUGGCAUGCUUCCACAAGAACAACUGAUUAAGAAAAGUCAUUGGAGAGAACCCAGAUGCUUCAGUACAUCACCUACAGAAAUGGAGCAACCGGUCUCACCAGAGUUCAUGGAGGUACUAGCACUGGAUGGUAGAUUCAUUACUUUGGUGAGAGCUCAGACCCAGACAGAUUGGGAGUGGGUGGAGCAGAGAAUCUCUUUCAGCUGUCAAGUUCAAAAGGAAAUUGAAGAUCCCCAGUUGUUGCAGGCAGAGGUGGAGCCAGAGGAUGCAAUGAUGCCAAAGGUGGAGCAUGAUAUACCUCUUGUGGGUCCACCUCGUCUCAUUGCAUACAAGCCAGAGCCAAAACAACCCCCUCAUGUUGAAAAGGGUCCAGAGGUUGAAUCUAAACAGACUGUGCUCCUUGCUCACUGUGACUAUUGCCAGCAGCUCUAUCAGCCCUUCAUACAAAGUGAACUGUUGGAAAAUGAAACAAACUUUGAGGGGCUGUUUUGUUGUGAGCAAGCUAAACAAAUAAGAGAGCUUAUAAUGAGAGAGAGAGAGAAAUUGGCACAGAAGGAGUCAGAUAGGAAGAUUGAUGUGAACCCGCAUGCCUCAGUCAUGAGUGAGGAGGAGAGGGAAGCUGCUAAGGCGAAGGCAAAGGAGAGGUUGAGACUUUUCAAACUCCAGAGAAAACCUAAAAAGGAAAACGUGAAGAUAGUAACAAGCCAUAAUGAGGUCAAACAUAAAACGUCCUACAGCCUGGCAAAAGAGAUUUCCAAUAUCAAUGAUGAGCUGCACAUCCCUCAGCAACAUAUAAAAAAUAUGACUGACUUGUUUACCCUACAAGAAGAAACUGUUGAUGAGCCAAAGAGGUUCUACAAAAGUGGGAAAUGCUUUCUCACCCUUUGUCCAGAUGGGACAGGUCAUGUUUUUUAUCCUUCUGGGAAAGCAGCCAUUAUAAUAUCCUCUGCAGAAGCUGCUGACUUCACUUACAUCAUCUUGGAGGACAAGGACGUAGCUCCCAGCAUCAAAGGCAUUUUCACAAAUAAAGGCCACGCCACAUGCUAUCAUCCCAAUGGAAUGAUAUGGUUGAAUUUGACCCCUGUUGGAGGUCUCUGCUUCAGUGAGACAGGAGCUUUGAGGAGACGCUGGAAUUGGUUGUAUGGUCAUGACCUGCAUGUGCGUAACCUUCCCUUCAAGCCUCUGACCUUUGCCCUGGGCCCACACAUGAGCGUGCGCAUACACUCACAAGAGCGCACGUACAUCACCUUUGCAUAUCAGCAAAACAGCGUGCACUUCAAUGUGGGAUCAAAGCUUGAGCUCAUUUACCCAGAGAGCGAUGACAAGCCGAGGCAAGACGUUCUGAAGAGAUAUAUCCAAAUGAAGAGCUCAGAGAUUUACGCUCUGCUUGGCCAGAUUCAGACCUGCAUGUCCCACCACUCUGCAAGCAUGAGCAACAUUAAGCCACAUUACUGUUCCAUUGCCCGAACGCAGCAGCUUAGCAGACAAAUGGAAAAGGAGUAG